CAAUGUAGCCUUGUCUACAUGAACAUUUGUCAGUGGUCAGUGCAGGAAAAUGCUCCCUCCCAGCUCUGCGCGCUGUGUAUUGCUGCUUGUGGUUACCUGUCUCAGCUAUGGCGUGUCGUGUUCAAAAGAAACUCAUAUUGACUAUCGCAGACCGAUUACAGUCCAAAUUACUUGUUGUACUACAGUGUCAACAGCAAAUAUAAAAUUUCCAAUAGUAAGCUACAAGAUCCAGCAGGUAGCUAAUCGCUGUGUUUAUGCCGUCAUAUUCCGCACAGAGGCCAACGGAUCCUUCUGUGCUGACCCCAAAGCUAGAUGGGUGCACAAAAAAGUAAAGGAGCUGAGCGGAGGGACUGUCCAACUACCGAAAAGUGGAAAGGGUAAGAAAGGUGGCAAGGGAGGAAAACGUGGAAAGAAGCAGAAUAACAAGAACAAAAAGAAAAUUCAAAAAAAGAACACAAAGCCGCCUGUGGCAUCCGCCUGGUUCCCAUCUACAACAGCAGCAACCACUGUUCAAGUAAUCUCAUAAAAGAAUGACAUUCAAGAUUUUUUUGCACUAGGCCACAGCUGGACUGCCCCCUACAGACUGUUCUCAAACAAUGCAUCUGCUUCCAGGAUACAAUUCUGUAUUUAUGUGUUUUGUAUUUUUAUUAAGCUAGUUUUUAUAGAUUUUAUGUAUUUAUUUGCCAACUGGAUUUUAUAAGUGCAAAACGUUUGAAUUCAUAUUAAGCUAUAGUUUUAGUAAUAUAACAGUAUUGAUAAAAACAUAUAUUGGAUGAAUGACUGACAAUGCAGGUAUGGUUUCCGGGUUCAAACACAAUUUGUUUUUCCAAUUUGGAUACACGUGCAAAAACUUAGAACCUCUGUUGGUAGUUUCUAUUGUUUUUUUUUUUUUUUUUUUUUUGAUAAA